AUGGCUUCAUCAUCACAAUCUAUUCCAGUGUUCGGGUCAAUUUCUCCAUUGAGUUCUUUUUCAUCUUCUGACAGGGAAGAUUUUUUUGAAGAACGUCAAAAAAAGAUGAAUGUAGUGAUGCAACUGUUAUCGCCUGAGAAGAUAAAGACAUUCUUUCGACGUCGUAAGAGAAGAUAUAUUAAACGUGAUCGAGAGGAAGCAGCCCAGCGGCUAUUCCAAGAUUAUUUUACUGAAAAUCCCACUUUUUCACCCGAGAUGUUUCGUAGACGAUUUCGGAUGCGCCGAGAGUUGUUUAUUCGCAUUUUAAACGGUGUUACAGCAUAUGACGAAUGGUUCAUCCAGAAGCCUGAUGCCUUCAGUCGUAUGGGUUUCACUCCUAUACAGAAGAUGACAGCUGCAAUACGUAUACUUGUAUAUGGAAUUUCAGCAGAUCUUUGUGAUGAGUACAUAAAGAUUUCUGAAACCACUGCGGUUGAAAGCUUGAAGCGCUUUUGUGAUGCUUUAAUUGCGGUGUAUGCAGGGCAAUGCCAACGCACACCGAACGAAGAGGACAUUGCACGUCUGCUUCGAGAAGGGAAAGAAAGAGGCUUCCCAGUAUUCAAUAGUCUGAUCAAUGGCACAAUGCAUCUGAUUAAUUACGAGGUAAAUGGGCAUCGACGUACAAUGGGGUAUUACCUAUCUGAUGGUAUUUAUCCCAAGUGGGCAACUUUGAUUUAG